AUGCCGAGGAACGAUAUUUUUCGUUACGUCUUCAUCAAGAUGAUACAGGUUGUGACCGACUAUGAUAUUGCAGUAAAUCACUCUGCUACACGCAGAAUUCAGGAAGUUCUGGGAGGAGUCGGAGUGUUGCGACGUCAGAAUAAGAUGAACGCCAAUGAGGAUAACGAUAGCGACAAGAUGCCAUUAGCGGAAUCACCGGCGAGUUUGAUGGAAACAGAAAUGAUUGCAGUGAAGGAUGAACCUGAAACGAUUGGAAAUGAAGCUAUGGGUAUGGAAGGGCGCCGUGAUAUCGAUUCUUUGGAAACCGAUGAGAAUGUAGGAGAUUUAGUUGAAACACCUACCUCAAAUAGUAACUUCAGUGUGGAAUCACAAUUCGAGAAGGAUUCUUUCAAGCGUUUUGAAAUGUUGCUAAAGAAAACUGAGAAUUUUUCACACUGUUUGAGUGCAGGAGAUGUUGAAAGUGUUGAUGGCUCAUCAAACUGUGUGGGAGCCAAAGGACGUCCUCGGAAUCAAUCUGAAGGAGAUCACCGUCACCGCAAAACAGAAAAGGAAGAGGAUGAAGAGUUGAUAAACCAGGUGAAAAAGAGCGAAACACUGAUUCGAUUUGAAAAAACGCCAUUUUAUAUAGAAAAUGGUGAAAUGCGCGACUAUCAGAUACGAGGGCUUAAUUGGCUUAUUUCGUUGCAACAUAACGGUAUUAAUGGGAUCCUCGCUGAUGAAAUGGGUUUGGGUAAAACAUUACAAACGGUUGCUGUGAUAGGCUUUAUGAAGCAUUACAAAAAUGCGUCUGGACCACACUUAGUUAUCGCUCCUAAGUCAACGCUACAGAACUGGAUCAAUGAAUUUGGAAAAUGGUGUCCUUCAUUGAAAGCCAUCGCACUUAUCGGUAUAGCCGAAGCACGAGCAGAUUUAAUACGUAAUGAAAUUUUACCUGGAAAAUGGGAUGUUUUGGUAACAUCGUAUGAGAUGGUUUUAAAGGAGAAAUCAUUAUUGAGAAAAUAUGCUUGGCAAUAUCUUGUUAUUGACGAAGCACAUCGUAUAAAAAAUGAGCAUUCGAAGCUAUCAGAGAUUGUCCGUGAAUUCAAAUCAAGACAUCGUUUGCUAAUCACGGGAACACCUUUGCAAAAUAAUUUGCAUGAGUUAUGGGCAUUACUUAAUUUCUUGUUACCGGAUAUGUUCGCACUUGCAUCUGAUUUCGAUUCUUGGUUUACAACGAAUGAUAUGAUGGGCAACCAGGAUCUCGUUGCACGUUUACAUAAGGUUUUAAAGCCGUUUUUAUUACGACGUUUAAAAUCGGAUGUCGAAAAGUCUCUUCUUCCAAAGAAGGAAGUUAAGAUCUACGUGGGUUUGUCGAAGAUGCAAAGAGAAUGGUACACCAAGAUCUUAAUGAAAGAUAUCGAUGUCGUUAAUGGUGCUGGCAAAUUGGAAAAGGCACGAAUAAUGAACAUAUUGAUGCACUUGCGAAAAUGUUGUAAUCACCCAUAUUUGUUCGAUGGUGCUGAACCGGGUCCACCAUAUACUACAGAUCAGCAUCUUGUUGACAACUCUGGGAAAAUGGUUCUUCUGGAUAAGCUACUGGUGAAACUGAAAGAACAAGGAUCUCGCGUCUUGAUAUUUUCAUCGAUGUCUCGAAUGUUGGAUUUAUUAGAAGAUUAUUGCUGGUGGCGUAGUUAUCGUUACUGUCGCUUAGAUGGACAAACCGUUCAUGAUGAACGUCAAAAAUCUAUUGAUGAGUUUAACAAGCCGGAUUCAGACAAGUUCAUUUUUAUGCUUACAACACGCGCAGGUGGCCUUGGAAUUAAUCUUACUGCUGCGGAUGUUGUUAUCAUUUACGAUAGUGACUGGAAUCCACAAGUAGAUUUACAAGCGAUGGAUCGGGCGCAUCGUAUUGGACAAAAGAAACAAGUUCGCGUUUUCCGAUUUAUAACAGAUAACACUGUGGAUGAAAGGAUCAUUGAGCGAGCUGAAAUGAAACUUCAUCUUGAUUCAAUCGUCAUACAACAGGGACGAUUGACCGAUUCCCAGAAAGCUUUGGGUAAAGAAGACAUGCUGGAUAUGAUUAGACAUGGUGCUGACCAAGUCUUUGCUUCUAAAGAUAGUACAGUUACAGAUGAAGAUAUAGAUACUAUUUUGGAAAAAGCAGAGCAGAAAACGGAGGCGCUGAAUAAGAAAAUUGCUUCAUUGGGAGAGACAUCGCUUCGAAAUUUCGCGUUGGAUGCACCAUCUUUCGACGCUGAUAGUAACUACACAGUUUAUAAGUUUGAAGGAGAAGACUAUCGUGAGAAACAGAAAAAUGCUGGGGGAAUUGGCUAUUGGAUUGAGCCACCAAAACGAGAACGGAAAGCAAAUUAUCAAGUUGACGCUUAUUUUAGAGAGGCGAUGCGGGGAGGACAUGCAGAGCCAAAAGCACCAAAAGCGCCAAGGCCACCAAAACAGCCUAAUGUUCAAGAUUUUCAAUUCUAUCCAAAACGAUUGUUCGAAUUACUAGAAAAGGAAGUUUAUCUUCAUCGGAAAACGAUCGGAUACAGAGCACAAAGACCAUCAGAUCUCCCUGCUAAAGAAGCAGAAAGAAAACAAAAAGAAGAGCAGAAAAAGAUUGACAGCGCUGUGCCACUAACUGAAGAAGAGCAAAAUGAAAAGAUCCAGCUGCUCACACAAGGGCAAAGCAAUUGGAGUCGUCGAGAGUUUCAGCAGUUUAUCAAAGCGAACGAGAAAUAUGGAAGACAUGAUUUGGAAAAUAUUGCGAAGGAAAUUGACACAAAAUCUACAACUGAGGUUGAAGAAUAUGCAAAGUUGUUUUGGGAACGCCUAGAGGAACUAUCCGAUCACGAAAGAAUUUUAGCUACAAUCGAAAAGGGUGAAGCUCGCAUACAACGUCGGCAGAGUGUUAAAAAGGCACUGGAUGAAAAAAUAGCAAAGUACAAGGCCCCAUUUCAUCAACUGCGAAUUCAAUACGGAACGAAUAAAGGCAAAAAUUACACAGAAGAGGAGGAUCGGUUUAUGGUCUGUCAACUGCAUAAGCUUGGAUUUGAUAAGGACAAUGUUUAUGAGGAGCUGCGGCAAGCGGUUCGCUCUGCACCACAGUUUCGAUUCGAUUGGUUUAUUAAAUCUCGCACAUCAACGGAGCUUCAACGUCGCUGUAACACACUGAUUUCACUGAUUGAAAAAGAAAUGGGUGAGGUAGAAGUGAAACGGAAGCAUGGUCAAAAGUCAUCAAAUACUCUUACAACUAAUACUAACGACCCGAAAAUUACACCAGUCACUAAGUCUGGUCAGAAACGCAAAAAUGAACAAUCUACAUCUAAGGGAUCCAGCUCUAAACGUCAGAAAUAGUAUUGGUCUUAUGAAUUGUCGCGAUGUUUACCUCGGAUAAAACCCUUCAUCAUACUGUUUGUAUUUACAACCCGUGUAAGUUUUUCAUUCUCAUCAGCAUUAAAAACUGAUUUGUUUUUAAUGCUGAUGAGAAUCGUUUUCAGAAAUUGUUGGGCUGAAAUGGGACUAAACUCAUUUGUCUUGGCCGAUUUAAUGAACACAUUCCUUUGCUGUUAUGACAAAAAUUUUGAUGAGUGAUUCUAUCCUUGUUAUUGUUUGCUUAUCCUUGACAAUUUAUCCGUCCGUAGUACCUGUACAUCAACCUGUAAUGUAUCAUAAAACUUGAAUACAUAGUUUCU